CUUCUCUCCCUCUUCUCAUUCCUCAAUUAUUAUUUAUAGUAUAAAUCUUAGUGCAUUAUCUUAAAAUAUAGAAGCAAGAAACAUGCUCAUGCAACAAAUUAGUUUAAAGCCAAAUUGUCUCAUCUUGAACAACCCAUGUCUCCAUGGUAUUGGAAGUAACCAAACAUGUUUUCAUGUUGGAUCGUCAAGGCCUUUGUUCACAAACCAAAAGAAACAAAGGAGGUUGUUUAAGAGGAAUGAGUGUAGCAAAAUAAAAGCUGUGGCUGUGAGUGAUGAAGAACUUAUAGAACAAACAUCAUUAAAAGUAAAAGCCAUAGUAACUGUUCAACCAACAGUUGGAGGGCUUUUCUCAGAAAUGGCUCUAGAAAGAGGGCUUGAUGACAUAACAGAUUUGUUGGGUAAAUCAAUUCUCUUGGAGUUUGUUAGCUCCGAGCUGGAUCCCGAGACAAAAUUGGAGAAGGAAAGAAUCAAAGGUUACGUCCACCAAACGCAUAGAUCAGUGGAAGAGAUUAAAUAUGAAGCUGAAUUUGAAGUACCACAAAGUUUUGGAGAUAUUGGUGCAGUUCUUGUGGAAAAUGAGCAUAGAAGGGAAAUGUUUAUAAAGAACAUUGUUCUUGAUGGCUUUCUCACUGGUCCUGUGAAUUUUUCUUGUGAAUCAUGGGUUCAUUCCAAGCAUGACAACCCUGAUGAUAAGAGGGUUAUUUUUUCCAACAAGUCAUAUUUACCAUCUGAAACACCAGAAGGAUUGAUAAGGUUAAGAGAAGAGGAACUGAAAACUUUACGAGGCAAUGGACAAGGCGAACGCAAGAGCUUUGAUCGAAUAUACGAUUACGAUGUGUAUAAUGACCUCGGUGAUCCAGACAGCGAUCCCGAACUCAAGCGACCUGUUCUUGGUGGCAAAGAACAUCCAUAUCCUAGGCGUUGUAGAACCGGAAGACCUCGUUGUGAUACAGAUCCGUUGUCUGAGAAAAGAAGUAACAAUGUCUAUGUUCCGAGGGACGAAUCCUUCUCAGAAUUAAAGCAACUCUCGUUUUCAGCAAAUACCUUACAAUCGGCUUUCCAUGCGCUUUUACCGGUCGUGAAAACAGCUGUAAUUGACAAGAAUCUUGGAUUCCCUCUUUUCUCAGCCAUAGAUGACCUUUUCAAUGAAGGAUUUAACUUGCCUCCUCAAGCUGAAAAAGGGUUUCUUGCGUCUGUGUUGCCAAGGUUGGUCAGGCUUGUCAACGAGGCUAGGAAUGACAUUCUCCGUUUCGAGACUCCCGCCACAAUGGACAAGGACAGAUUCUUUUGGUUUAGGGAUGAAGAAUUUGGAAGACAGACUAUAGCAGGUCUUAAUCCUUGUUGCAUCCAAUUGGUCACGGAAUGGCCAUUGAAAAGCAAACUUGACCCUAAAAUUUAUGGUCCUGCUGAAUCUGCAAUAACCACUGAAAUGAUUGAGCAACAAAUCAGAGGAUAUGCUACCGUUGAAGAGGCGAUAAAACAGAAGAAGUUGUUCAUCCUAGACUACUACGAUUUUUUCUUGCCGUUGGUCGAGGAAGUUAGAAAACUCGAAGGCACAACAUUGUAUGGAUCAAGGACGUUGUUCUUUCUGAAUGAAGAUAGCACAUUGAGACCGGUGGCGAUCGAGCUAGCUAGGCCGCCAAUUGGCGGAAAGCCAGAAUGGAGGGAAGUCUUCACACCUGCUUGGCAUUCAACUGGUGUUUGGCUUUGGAGGCUUGCCAAAGCUCAUGUCCUUGCUCAUGACUCUGGCUACCAUCAACUUGUUAGUCACUGGUUGAGAACUCAUUGUGCCACAGAGCCUUACAUCAUAGCAACAAACAGACAACUAAGUGCAAUGCAUCCAAUCUACAAACUAUUACUUCCACAUUUUCGAUACACAAUGGAAAUCAAUGCACUUGCACGCGAAGCACUUAUAAAUGCAGAUGGAAUAAUUGAGAGUAGUUUCACUCCUAAACAACUCUCUCUCUUGGUAAGUUCAAUAGCCUAUGAUAAGCAUUGGCAAUUUGACUUGCAAGCCCUUCCAAAUGACCUCAUCCAUAGAGGACUAGCAGAAAAAGAUCCAAAUGCCCCACAUGGCCUAAAACUAGCAAUAGAAGAUUACCCUUAUGCAAAUGAUGGUCUUGUUCUUUGGGAUACGAUCAAAUCUUGGGUCACUGAUUAUGUUAACCAUUACUACAACAAUGAGUCGAGAAAUGUUGAGUCGGAUAAAGAAUUACAAGCAUGGUGGGAUGAGAUUAUAAAUGUUGGUCACGGCGACAAAAAAGACGAACCAUGGUGGCCUAAUUUGAAAACAAACGAUGAUCUUGUUGAAAUAGUGACGACCAUUGUUUGGAUUACAUCGGGGCAUCAUGCUGCGGUGAAUUUUGGUCAGUAUACUUAUGCUGGAUAUUUUCCUAAUAGACCGGCCAUUGCGCGAAACAACAUGCCUACAGAAGACCCUUCAGACAGCGAAUGGGAACUUUUCUUCGAGAAACCAGAAGUGACAUUGUUGAAGUGUUUCCCUUCACAAAUUCAAGCAAUGACGGUGAUGACCGUGUUGGAUAUUUUGUCAAGUCAUUCGCCGGAUGAGGAAUAUCUUGGAGAAACGAUUGAACCGGCAUGGCAAGAGGAACCAAUGAUUAAAGCUGCUUUUGAAAAGUUUAAAGGGAGGUUGAUGGAGCUUGAAGGUAUAGUAGAUGAGAGGAAUGCUAAUAUGAAUUUCAGGAAUAGAAAUGGUGCUGGAAUUUUGCCUUAUGAGCUUUUGAAGCCAACAUCAGAGCCUGGUGUAACAGGAAAAGGUGUUCCAUAUAGUGUCUCUAUUUGAGACACAUGUUGUGGAUGAAUAUGUGCUCAAUUUGAAUGUUGUAUUUUGAGCUCACUAUAAUGUUAAAUAAAUUUUUGGUGUACAACCAAAUAUAUUAGAGAUGGUAAGGCAAAAAUUAUAUCCAAUCCAACUUGAUUA